UUUACAUUUGUUGGCGGGAUUUCAAAUUUUGAUUGACAAGUAGAACGUGUUGAAACAUAUCAACAUAACAAACAUUUAAAUCAACCCAUUUCCGUUUGCAGUCAGACAUAAGAGUAUAGACGGUACUCGAAUUCUUAGAUGUUAUAUCACAAAUCUUUCAAUAUCUAGAAGAUCACAUCCUAAAAUAUCCAAAGUUUAGAUUAAAUGCUCGCAGUUCUCGCACUCACAGGAUAUAAGCAUAUACAUGAAAGUAACGGGAUCAAAAAAUGGAGGAGCUGAUAGGAAAAGAACCAGAAGCUAAAGAUGAGGCUUCACUGUCUAGUCCAGGCAUGGAUAGUGGCUCCAAAUCUGUAGCCAGAAGUCUGCCAUUUGAAAAACACUUCCUGGACGAGUUUGAUGAAGACAGUAUGCCUAGUCCUAUUUGUCCGUCCAAAGUUCAUACUCCAUCAUCAAAGAUGCUGGGCUAUCCAGCAUUCAUGUCUAGUCCAAGUCCAGCUCACAAGAUGCCUGGAAGUGGCACAAGGAAUGAACUCUAUCUUAAGACAGUGAUGUCAUCGCCAUAUCAACACAAGAGCUACACUCCAUUGUCAGCAACACCUGCAGGACUCAGUCCAAUGUUCCAGACCCCUAUUAGAAGUUCCAAUAGCAGUCCUAGUCGUCUGAAGACACCACAGAUGAACAAACUUCCCCCAGGGUUUCCACAUUGUACACCUAAAGGAGAAAUCAUCACAAACCCCUUUGAUAAUGGAGUGUAUGAUGAACUUGGAGGACCAAUAUUUAUGAGUCCUGGAGUUUUUAAUGUUCAAUCAACUCCAGAUGGAGAGGAAAAGAAACUGUUCAGCUGGGCCAUAGAGCAUAUAGCAGAGUUAAACCCUGCAGAUAUAGAGGAGAACCCCAAACAACAAGCUGCUCAUUCAAUACCUGACAAAGAGACCGAGGCGAGAGUUCAACAAGCUAUAGAGAAGUACUUCUCCAGUAACCUCGUGGCUCCAUCACCAUGGUCAGACCCAAAGGCGCCUGUUAUCAAGACCACACCAAACUCAGAUGAACGCUUGCCCAAGUCUUGUUUGGAGCCAGAUCUUCAAGGAUCUAUACAGAAACAGCUUCCACAGAAAUCUAUAAGGACACAGGAGGUGGGAUGUCAAACCAUGCUGACUCUUCCAAUAGAUUUUGAUAUCAACAAAGUCCUAGGUCAGUAUAUGACAUACGAACUCAGUGAUGAAAACAACCAAGAGAUGCUGAGUACUUCUUCCCUCAGACGUAAGCUGUUCUUCCAGGCAGAUACCAGCAGUGUUGCCCCAAGUCCGGUCAAGGCGGGGCCAUUUGAGGGUGACCAUAGUUUGGUGGAUAUUUGUGCUUCCCCUCGUGUUUUACCAGUCAAGCAUACAAAACUGCCCGAUACCUGGGAUCAGGCCACGCCCCUGAAGACUCCUUCAAGGAACCAGUUUUCCUCUAGUCCUAUCAAAAACAUUGAAGGUCUGCCUCUACCAAAACACAGUCGGUCUCCUCCUUUAAAAGACUUCUCUGACACAGAGUUGUCCCCCAUCGUCCGAGGUCACCAGAGUCGUAUUUCCAAAUCAAGGUCUUCGGGAUUCUUCGUUCCUCAUGAGGGUAGCUUUGUGGAGGAUGACAUAUUUUCUGCUGGGGAAAGAAGAGCUUUGUUCACACAAGAUCUUCCAUUGAGUCCUGAAAUUUCACCAAUCAAAACUCAAAUGAACUGGGAUGUUUCUCCAGAUGAAGGUCGCCAUCCAUCUCGAACAUCUUUAGAAAGUCCUGGAAUUUCUCCUAUCCGAUCAGAUUCUCCUUAUAAUGAGGAUAAUGCUGAUGGUUCAUUCCUACAGGACAACAAGGGUUUCACAUCAGAAGAGGAAGAUGAUGUUCUCACUCCCGUUGCCAGCAAGGAAUGUUCUGUGAAGAAAAAGAGUGUUUCUAAUCGUAAAAUCUCACAUCUCAGUCGGCACAAACAUCGGACAAGCCUGUUCCGGGAGGAUUUAGACAAUACACCCAUGGACUAUGAUUCUGUACCACCGAUUAAGAAUCUGAGAUUUGCUGAUGAUAUAAAAACGUCUAGUUUACUUGUAACAACAAAAGACUUCUCUAUGGCUGAGAUGGAUUUCAGCCAGGACAACAAUGCAGGAUAUUCAACCAAUCACGAUACAGGAUAUCAAACUGCGAGUCUACAAUCAACCAAUCAUGACACAGGCCAGCAUACAAAUUUGACAUCCCAGUUUAAUUCUCUUCCAUUUAAUACUACGAACCAGGAGGUAGGGUGUCCAAGUGAGAACACGUCCUGUCCUAGUAAUUCCGAGGAGCUCUUCAAGCAGGAUGAUCUCCAUGCUGGUUUUUCGGGGGAUGACAGUGCGUUUAUGUCUCGUGAGAAUAUCAACUGUGCCGAUACAGACAGCAGCCGCAAAGAUGUGGUUCAACAGUUACUUGAUCUCACAAACUUGGACAAAUUUGAACAAGAAGACGAAAUCUUAGACAGGGCAAGACGGGCUUUGUCUGUGGCUAACAAACUAUUACCAAGUCAAGACACUGUUACAUCUGUUGGUGAUAGUUUUCCACAAAAAGGUCUGCAGAUACUCCACGAACUUGAGCCUUUAGUAUCAACAGUUGAAAGACCAGCUCUCACAGGUGUUAUUCCAUCAACAGAUUCCAAUACAGUGUCUGCUAGUGAAAAAGCUCUUGCAAUAUUACGUCGUGCUGGAGAGGAUCUCGCCAAAAUUGGAACAUUUUUGGAACAAAGACCAUAGAAGAGGAAGAACUACUUUGGGCUAUCUUUAAAAAUCUGUGUUGUCUG